UCCAAAUUUCCAUGGCAACAGAGUUGUUUCUGGAACCGGCAGCACUUAAGUUACCUGGACAACGUUUCUAGCCGCUUGUUUACAAGCAAUCUUUGUUUUUCCCUUUAGAGAAAAUUAGAACGAAUUUGUAGAUAGAAUCGUUUACCAUGUCGCAGCAGAAACGUCGAGAGAAAUCAAAUAAACUCACACGCUGGGAUCGCAUACGUAAGCGACAGCUGAACGCCAAUCCCUUGAGUGUGAUCAAAACCGAUGCAGUGCGUCGAUUCAUUGAGCUUGACUAUGUGGACAAGCGGCAAUCGAAGCUGCUUAUUGAAGGCGAGCCGCAAAAGCAAUUGAAUCCCAGCGUCAUCAUGGACAUGCGUCACGAGAUGUUUGCUCAAAUCCCACGCAAGCUGCCUUUGGCUACAGUGGCUCAUAGCAACACACUGGAGUCGACCAAAGCGCACAAUCUGGAGGUGGAGCAACGCUACAUGCAUCAUCAGCUGCAAAAGUUUCGCCAACAGUUGGUCAGGCAGCAUCCGCGUCAGCACAAGCUGCAGGUGCGUCCUACCAAGCCCGAUUUUAAAUUGAAUCAUGGCCCGUUGAUGGAAAGCUUGGCGCAGGCAUCGCGCAACAUCGAUGAGUUCUACAAGACGCCGCUGGAUGCACUGCAGCUGGCCCAGGAACUGUGCUCCACUCACAAACAGCUGGCUAAUACAACGCUGCUGAAUCAGCUGGAACCAGAGCCAGAGGCAGACAUCGAAGUCACUUGGUUGGUGGAGCAAGUUGAGGAGACCAAGAUGCAGGAAACGUUUGAGAGGGAGCAGCUGGAGUGUGGCAUGGAGCUGGACACUCUGGAGUAUCGCAAGUUUAGCAAGCAGGUGCAGCUGGACGAGAGUCGCGCCCAACUUCUGCAGCGCUGUCGCACGCCAAGUCCGCUGCUAACUACCGAGGAAUUGCUACGUCCCAUGAGAGCGGCAGCCGAGCGUCAAAUGUUGCACUUGCGUACGGUGCGCCACGCAGAGGAGCUGCAACAGCAGCAGGGCGAGCAGAAGGAUCAGGGCGAGACACCUCAACUGCAGCGUGAAUCCUCCAGCUGUUCCAACACGAGUGAUGGCAUCGACUCUGUCAUCUCAGACCUGGCCGAGGAGGCCUUGUACGAGCUGCAACUGGAGGCAGCCGAGCAGCAACAGCAGCAGCUGGAUGAGGCCUUAAACGAGGUGCUAGUGGUGGAACCACCUGCCAAGCAUGUGCAGUUCCAGCUGCCCACCAAGCAGACGCCUACUCCCUCGCCCCUCGAACUGCCCUUGGAACCGUUGCUCAUCCGUCGCAUAGAGCUGCCCCGCGUAGUGCUGCAACCCAAGUCGCCAGUCGUUGCUGACCCUGAAGAGGUGCAACUGAGCAGCUGCAGCGAGGAUGAUCCUCCGCAUGAGAAGCAACGCAUCAUUGAACAGCUGUUCCAGGCACGCGACAACAGCGAACUGAAUGUGCUGCGCAAGUAUUUCCUCAAGUGGAUACACUACACGACCAUGGAGAAAUUGGAGCGCGAGUCGGGUGGCCAAAAGCAGGGCAAUCGGGCACAGAAGAUCAAUGCGUUUCUCGACAAGAUCAGGCAGGAGAAACGUAGACAGCGUGCGGCCCCCAACGAAGGCGACAAGAUAGCCCAAAAGUCGCUGGAGCAGCGCGAGGAGGCCGUGAAAAUGGCCAAACAGUUCAAGAACAAGCUGAAGGUGCAACAGGACAUCAUUGAUCUGCAGCGCAUCAAGCUGGAGCGUCAAGAGCGUUUGAUAAUGCAGCUGAAAUUGAACAAGCUCAGCGACGAAGCUAAGGAAGCACGCGAAGAUCUCAAGCAGGAGCUCAAGACGGUCAUACGAUGCGGCGAUCCAAAGGCCAAAGCCAAGGCCAAGUGUCUGCAGUUGAUUGGCAGUUUACGCGACGCGGAGGAUGAGGAACUAGAGCGUCUGCAGGGCAAGGCGCUGCUGCAGCCGCGCUUCCUGCAGCACAUGCAGGAGCGUGCACUGGAGCGAAGUGUGCGUCAUGAGCAGGCGCGUCAACGUCGCGCCCAGGCGGAGGCCGAGCGAGAGGCUGCCAAGCUGGCCGUGGAGGAGGCCAAGCGACAGCAGGAUGAGGAGGCCAAGCUGCUGCGUAUCGAGGUGCUGAAGGAGAAACGCCGCCAGGAGAAAAUGGCCAAGGUGCUGAAGGAACGCGAACGCCAACGUUUCAUUGAGAAUCAACGCAAAGCGCUGGAGUUUUCACGUCGUCUUCUGUUGCGUCGCGUCGGCAUGGAGGCCUUCAAGCGUCUGCUGCAGCGGAAGCGCGAGAAUCAGGUGAAGAGCGAGGAGUUCUGUCGGCGCCUCUAUAAGCGCAACUAUUUCCAUUUGUGGCGCAGCUACACAGAGUUCCGGCAACGUGAGCGUCGCAUUCGUGCCGAUCUCUGCUAUCAGCGUGCUCUGAAGCGUCGUGCUCUGCACGCCUGGCUGCUGCAGGUGCACGAGGAGCGCAAGAAACUGCAGGUGGCCAUUGACUGGCAUGCUUUGCAUUCGAUGGAGCAUUGGUUCAAUCGCUGGCUAAAUCACACGACGCAAUGUCGCCUCUUGGAAGAUACCAAGAUGCGUCAGGCGAUCUCCCAUCACGAGUGGCAUCUCAAGUGGAAGGUGCUCGACUGCUGGCAGCGGUUGCCGCAAAUCUUGCGCCUAGAACGGGAGACGGAGGAACGUCGUCAGCGUUGGCGCAUGAAAAUCUGGGAACUUUUGCCCGACUAUAAACCACGCGAGGACAGCUUGUGGUAGCAA